GACCCGGUAUGGAAUGUGCUACUGUUUGAAGUGAAUCUGGUGAUCUCCGCCUUCCUGGGCGCUAAGUUUUGCAGGAGAGCUGAGAGUAGAGAAGAGAAGGAGACGGAGACAAAAUGGCGCAAAUCCCAAAUCUCGACAAUGCUCCCAUAAACCUCACCUCCAUAAGAGAUCAAUCGCAGAAGGAGCUCAUGAUGAUUUUGAAGAACAUUCGAGGGCAGAAGUGUUUGGUUAUUGAUCCUAAGCUCAGUGGUUCACUCUCACUUAUUGUGCAGAGCUCAAUACUCAAGGAGCUAGGGGCUGAAUUGCGGCACCUUACAAGUGAACCAAUCCAAACAGAUUGUACUAAAAUUGUUUAUCUUGUUCGAGCUCAGCUUGGCUUGAUGAAGAGUAUUUGCUCAGACAUUCAUAAUGAUACUUCUAAGGGGAUUCAAAGAGAGUAUUUUUUGUAUUUUGUUCCUCGCCGUGCAGUUGUAUGCGAAAAGGUACUAGAGGAAGAGAAAGUACAUCACUUAUUGACCAUAGGCGAGUAUCCCUUGUAUCUACUUCCUCUGGAUGAAGAUGUUUUGUCUUUUGAACUCGAUACUGCAUACAGAGAAUUCACAGUUGAUGGAGACAAAACCUCUCUUUGGCAUAUAGCAAAAGCCAUUCACAAGCUUGAGUGUUCCUAUGGUGUGAUACCAAAUGUGAGAGCCAAAGGGAAAGCAUCUGUCCGUGUUGCUGACAUUUUAAAUAGGAUGCAAGAUGAAGAACCAGUGAACAUCACCGAUGUUGUUGUGCCAGAGAUUAACACUCUCAUCCUCAUUGACAGAGAGGUGGACAUGGUUACACCUAUGUGUUCCCAGUUAACUUAUGAAGGGCUAAUGGAUGAGUUUCUUGGUAUCAAUAAUGGUGCUGUGGAGGUAGAUUCUUCUAUAAUGGGUGCCCAGCAAGAGGGGAAGAAAAUGAAGGUUCCUUUAAAUUCUAGUGACAAGCUAUUCAAAGAGAUACGGGAUCAGAAUUUCGAAGUUGUCGGUCAGGUUUUACGUCAAAGAGCAACAUCUAUGAAACAAGAUUACAAUGAGAUGCAAACAGCUAACCAAACUGUUUCUGAAUUGAAAGACUUCGUUAAAAAACUCAACUCAUUGCCUGAAAUGACAAGGCAUAUACAUCUUGCUCAGCAUUUGAAUAAAUUUACAUCUAAACCUUCAUUUCUUGGGCGGCUAGAUAUGGAACAUACUAUUGUGGAGUCUGAAAGUUACGAUAUAUGCUUCGAGUACAUCGAGGAGAUGAUCCAUAAACAGGAACCUCUUGUCAAUGUUCUACGCAUUCUCAUAUUAUUUUCGAUCACAAAUUCUGGAUUACCAAAGAAGAACUAUGACUACUUAAGGCGAGAGCUACUUCACAGCUAUGGUUUUGAGCACAUUGCUACAUUAAACAAUUUGGAAAAGGCGGGAUUGUUCAGGAAGCAGGAGUCUAAAAGCAACUGGAUAACUAUUAAACGUGCUCUUCAGCUUAUUGUGGAGGNAACUUCAGAAAAUGUUGUGAUCGCACAUGUGCUUUGCAUUUUAUGCAGUGACUGUUGUUGCCCCAGAGAUACUUCUUAUGUCUUUUCUGGAUAUGCACCUCUCAGCAUUCGCCUGGUUCAGCAUGCAAUCCGAUCUGGGUGGUGUCCCAUUGAAGAAAUAUUAAGACUGCUGCCAGGGCCCCAUUCAGACAGCAAGAGGAGUGGGUUUGCAAGCAAUCCGUCCUAUGACAGUCUGCCAGGGUCCAUAGACUACUCUGACAAAAUAGGUGAUGGAAGGCGGUCAUUGGUGCUUGUUGUUUUUAUUGGUGGGGUGACCUUUGCUGAAAUUAAUGCUCUUCGAUUCCUGAGUUCCCAGGAGGGUAUGCCAUAUGACUUGAUUGUAUUGACUACAAAAAUAGUUAACGGGCACACGUUGACAGAAACAUUCAUGGAGAAAUUGGGGUGACUGGUAAAGAAGAUACUUUUUAGUGUGGCUUCUUCUUUGUUGUUUUAAUGACAUUGUUUCUUUUGGUAUGACCUUUCUUGCAACCAUUUUGUUUGGAGUGUGAUUGACUUUUAAAAAGCAGGGUUGAUAAAAAAUGACCUUGAUUGAGGUGUAAAGGAGAAUUUCAGUUGGUACAAAAAAGAUGACCUUGGUAUAUAGGAGUAUGUUUUUUAAAUUGGUUUAUGUAACCAGAUCUCUUAAACCAGAAUUAAGGUGAUAUUGAGUUGAGAGUUAGAAUUACAAUAGUUCAAAGAUACAGUUGAAGACUUGAAGUACAAGGUGGAUUUGCAAAGGGUACCUCCAUUUGGUACAUGGAAUUCAAACUAUGGAAUUAGAAUUGAAGACAACAAUUUCAAUUUUGUUGUUGGAUAGCACAAAAAUAUGUGGAUUUGUAACGGGUAGUGCCAAAAAUGAAUUGGAAUUGAAAAU